GGGAGGGGGGGGGGGGUGUCUCCGGUCAUGGUGGCUCACGACGAGCUCGGGGGGCUGCUGCCCAUCAAAAGGACUAUCCGGGUGAUCGACGCACAGAAUCAGUCCUUCCGGGAGCAGGAGGAACCAAGCAAUAAACGGGUUCGGCCUCUAGCACGGGUCACAUCCCUGGCAAACUUGAUCUCUCCUGUAAGAAAUGGUGCAGUUCGGCGCUUUGGGCAGACCAUCCAGUCAUUUGCCCUUCGUGGUGACAGCAAGUCUCCUGGCUGUGCCCAGAAGUUAUGUAGCAGAUCUGCUGCUCCUACUCCUCCUAAGAGAAGAAACAGUGUACUUUGGUCUGAGAUGUUAGAUGUCAACAUGAAGGAGUCCCUGAGCACCAAAGAAAUCAAGCGCCAGGAGGCAAUAUAUGAAAUGUCCAGGGGAGAGCAGGACCUGAUUGAAGACCUGAAGCUUGCCAGAAAGGCCUAUCAUGACCCCAUGCUGAAACUCUCCAUCAUGUCUGAGGAGGAGCUCACCCACAUAUUUGGGGACUUGGAUUCUUAUAUUCCUCUGCAUGAAGACUUGUUGGCAAGUUUAGGAGAAGCAACAAAACCAGAUGGAACAGUGGAGCAGAUUGGGCCCAUUCUCGUGAAGUGGUUACCACGGCUCCAUGCCUACAAAGGUUACUGUAGCAAUCAGCUGGCAGCCAAAGCACUUCUGGAUCAGAAGAAGCAGGACAGGAGAGUGCAGGACUUCCUUCAGCGCUGCCUGGAGUCUCCUUUCAGCCGCAAGCUGGACCUCUGGAGCUUCUUGGACAUUCCUCGAAGUCGGCUGGUCAAAUAUCCACUGCUCCUGAAGGAGAUCCUCAGACACACUCCCAAAGAUCAUCCUGAUAUCCAGAUUCUGGAAGAAGCCAUAUCUAUAAUCCAAGGAGUCCUCUCUGACAUCAACCUGAAGAAGGGGGAGUCAGAGUGCCAGUAUUACAUUGACAAGCUGGAAUACCUGGAUGAGAAGCAGAAGGACCCCAGGAUUGAAGGCAGCAAAGCUUUACUGUGCCAUGGGGAGCUGAAGAAUAAAAAUGGACAUAAACUCUACGUCUUCCUCUUCCAAGACGUCCUGGUUUUGACCCGGCCCGUCACUCGCAACGAACGUCAGGCCUACCAAGUGUACAGGCAGCCCAUCCCUGUCCAGGAGCUGCUCCUGGAGGACCUUCAGGAUGGUGAUGUGAAAAUGGGAGGUUCCUUUCGAGGAGCUUUUGGCAAUUCUGACAAAGCUAAAAACAUCUUCCGAGUUCGUUUCCAAGACCCUUCUCCGGGCCAAUCCCACACCCUGCAGGCCAACGAUGUCUUCCACAAGCAGCAGUGGGUCAACUGCAUCCGAACCGCCAUCGCUCCCUUCCAGCGCGGCGCCGCCGCCCUCGAGCUGAAGGAGCUGCCGGAGCUGAGCGAGGAGUCAGAGGAGAACAAUCCCUCUGUGCCCAACACCACCACCACGAAGAGGCAGUCUGCCACCUCUGGUGUCACUGAGAUGGAGCUGGAUGAAAACGUCUCCGAAUGUGGCUCCGUCUUGGACUCGGAGGAAUCCAAGGCUGUGAAAAGUCACAGAACAUCAUCUGGGCACCGGAAAACGAGGGAGAAGCAGCUCAGCGGGAAGCGGAAAGAGACGCUGGUGUGAAGAGGAGCCCAGCAGAGCAACCUCCUGGUGAAAGACUCUUUAUUUAUAAAUAACGUGUACAUUUUUUCUUGUAAUGUGAGCAUGGUCGGGGUCACUCUACUGAACAGAAUAUUUGGUUUUGUUUUUCUGUUGUAACGGCAGCUACUGGUAUGCAGUUGACACUGUUGAACUGGAGUCUGUUUUUACAAACACGGCCACUUGGAACCUGGUUUUAGUGCUGCGAGACCUUUGGAAGCCCUGGUGCUUCCAACUGCUCCCAGCAGGUUUGAAGAGCACACUUGGGUUCCUGAAAGAUUUCCACAGUGUUUGAGGCUGGGAAACACCAGAGCUAAAGGGGAAGUUUGGGAGCACCUCCCUUUGCAGGGGGUUCAGAUCAACACUGCACGAGCCCUUUUUAAAAGUGGGCUCCAAACCUGAAGUCACACUUUCUUCCUGUCCUGUCCAGUGCAUGGUUUGCAGUGUGUGGUUUAUCAUUAACCCACCUAACUUUUCAUGGUAUAAAAGGAGGGAGGGGGGGUGGAAACCACCAACCAACCACCAAACAGACCCCAGGUUCAACAGGUUCUCAAUUUACCUACUGGAAUCUUUCAUCUUAAUGUGUCCUUUGUACAUUCCUCGUUUUCACUCUUGUAACCUGCCAGAUAUUUAAUUUUUUUUUAUUAGUUGUUUUGUUUUGAGUUUGUUGGGGGUUGUUUUUUGGUUUUGUUGUUUGUUUUCUUUUUUUUUUUUACUUUUGUACUUUUUGUUGGUGUUCAGACUUGGCAUUUCCUUUUCCAGUACUUGAUCCUUCUUGCUCGGAGACAUGUGUGUGCUCCAGACUCCUGGAAAGAGAACUGCAUCAACUGAGGGGGUUUUAGGAAGGUUUUUAGGAAUGUUGCAAAGGGUUUGGGGAGGGAAGAGGAGCAGCAGGUAGAGGGGGAGUAGCAGGGACUGAAGGUAGAUUUUAUUUUGUUGUUACUGUUGCCUUUUGGAAAUGAAAUGCCUUUGUGUGUGGAGAGGCAGGACUGAAGGCAACCAAGGGGUUAUUGCAUGUGGUAGAAAGGUAGAGACAGAGGAAGCAUUUGCAGCUGAUGGGGUGUGAGGGUGGAGGAGAUAGUGGUUGUAUAUACUCAUAAUGGUGACACUGCCAUGUUCUGGAGGCCCAAAGAUACGUGUGGGAGGUGCCAGCUGGGGGACAACGCUGCAAAAUGGGGGGAAACGAAGCAGUGGCAGCUUUGAACAAGGACAGCAGGGUCCUUCCUGUCAUUAGUGCUGGUGGGGUGAGGACAUCAGCCCCACACCACCCAUCCUGGGGUGUCACCUGCACUGGGUGCUGGAGGGGUUGUUGCCUGUCGGGUGUUGGGCCAGUGACAAUGGAAGAGGGGGAGUGGGUGUACAUAGACACGAGCGGGUGGUUCUCUGUAAAUGUGUUGUACAGCUCCCAGUGCCAAGUACCAUUAAAUUCCUGACAGCC